AUGGAGUCGACAGUGGUGAACCUGCACAACCAGUUCCAGAGUUUACGGGCCCAGGUGGACUGCCUAAAUGAGACCAUUGAACCACAGUUUCUCCAGUUGGCCAUAAACUUUGAGGACUGUCGUAAGAAAUGGCUACGGUCAGGCGAGGAGCUGCUGUCCUGCAAGGAAAUGCUGGCGAAAGCAGAAACUGAGAGGGGUGCUUUGGAGGUGAAAUUGAAACAUGCACGCAACCAAGUCGAUGUGGAAAUACGGCGGCGGCAGAAAGCUGAAUCUGUCCAUGAGAAACUGGAACGUCAGCUACAGCUUAUCCGGGAUAUGCUGUUAGCAGAGAACAGUAGCAGUGUCCACCUAAGUGAGGAGCAGCGCAAUGCCCUGGCCUUCCUCAGUGCCCACUCCCAGGCUGCACAGUCUGCUAAAGCCAACCUCAACUCCAGCAGAAGGUUGAUGACCAUUGAUGAAUCAACCUCCAUCAUGUCAGACAUCAGCUUUGAUCAAACCGAUGACUCCCUGGAUUGGGAUGCUGACGUCAUGAAGACUGUGAGAUUGCAGAAACGUCCAAAACGACGUUCCUCUCGAAAACUUGAGGUUCCUCCUCAAGUGAGAAAGAAACCUCGCUCCACAGGACGUACAUCUGAUCGAAUAAAUGACUCCAUAGUUGCCAAAACCACGAUCACCGUGCCAGUAUAUGGUGGUGCUGUCGAGUCUGUCUCCACUAUCCAGACCGUCCCCUACAGGACACGCAGCAGAACUAAGAGUGUUGCCCCGGCCUUGGCUGAAUCAACAUCAAUUGAGCUGUCUGAAACCAAUAGUGAAGCACCAAGCACACCAGUCCCGGAAUUCCCCUCUCAUUUCCAAAUCCCCAAAGCCAACGGAGGAGGAGGAGGAAAGCAACAUCUGUUCAUCUCCAAAACGGUGAUCAAAUCAGAGUUCUGUGCACCAUGUGGACGAAGAACAAAGUUUGGCAAACUGUACCUUCGCUGUCAGGACUGCAGAAUUGUAAGCCAUCCCGAGUGCCGUGAUGGCUGCCCCCUACCCUGCAAUCCUGUGACCAUCAACACUCCCAUUAGGACUGCAGAGAGUACCCUCGCUGACUUUGCGCCGGCUACUUCACCGAAGAUCCCAGCUUUAGUACUCUUUUGCAUUAAGGAGAUUGAACGAAGAGGUCUCCAAGAGCUUGGCCUCUACAGAAUCUCUGGCCAGGAGCGUCAAGUGAAAGCACUGAAGGAGAAGCUGAUUCGUGGAAAAACACUGCCGGAACUUAACAAAGUAGAAGACAUUAAUGUGAUCACUGGUGUACUGAAAGACUUUCUCAGGAACCUUCCUGAACCAAUUCUCACAUUCCGUCUCAACAAAAUCUUCAUGGAGGCAGCUGAAAUCCAAGAUGAUGAAAACAGUCUUGCCAUGUUGUACAACACUAUUGGAGAGCUGCCUCAACCCAACCGAGACACUCUCGCCUGCCUCAUGAUCCAUCUCCAAAAAGUGUCUAAGUGUGUGGAUACAAAAAUGGAUGUGACAAACUUGGCCAGAGUGUUCGGACCUACUCUUGUGGGGCAUGCAGUUCCAAACCCGGAUACGAUGACUGUCCUGAGUGACACAAGCAGACAACCAAGGGUAGUGGAGCGCUUGUUCAGUAUCCCUGUGAGCUACUGGAGUCUGUAUGCGUAUCCAGAUAAUAUAGACAUGGAGGAUCCUAACUUGACCGGGACUCCUACUCAUAAUGUAAGUAUACUGGGACCACUAACCACUCCUGAGCACAAGUUGAUGGCAAAGACACCUUCCGCCAGCUCGCUGUCAAAGCGUGUGAUACAAACCCUCACCAGCACAACCAUAUUUCCGGGCAAGAGUAAAGGAUCUGCUAAUCCCCGGGGCAACUUCUUUGAGUCUCCACAUCUGAAGUAA